GCAGCUUUUCUUCAGUAAUCUCGUCUUUUUCUUCCGGGAGACAGCGGAUCGAAGCCCGAGAUGGGGCUUUUACUCAAUGUCACGUUUCUCUCUCUGUUUUUCUUACCGAUAUUUCACCAUACAUCAAAGGCUGAGAACUUGAGCGCCUUCAUUAAUACUAUUAAUAUCACCACUUACACAGCUAGAGAGCUUGCCAGCAGCUGCAAUUUAUUCCAGGGAAAGUGGGUUUUUGACUCUUCGUAUCCUCUCUACAGCCCCUCCAGCUGCCCCUUCAUAGAUCCAGAAUUCAACUGUCAAAAAUAUGGUCGACCCGAUAGCUCUUAUCUCAAAUACAGAUGGCAGCCCUUUUCUUGCAACAUUCCCAGGUUUAAUGGGGUGUCUUUCCUGGAGAAAUGGAGAGGGAAGAAGAUUAUGUUUGUGGGUGACUCACUGAGUUUGAACCAGUGGGAAUCGUUAACCUGUAUGAUUCACCAAUGGGUGCCCAAUUCUAAGUACUCAGUCAUAAGAACAGAGGGUCUCUCUUCAGUGACAUUUGAGGAUUAUGGAGUGAAGAUAAUGUUAUAUUCAUCAAAAUUUCUAGUCGACCUUGUCAGCGAACAGGGGAGAAGAGUGUUGAAGCUUGAUUCAAUACAGAGUGGCGAUGCCUGGAAAGGAAUGGACCUGCUCAUCUUCAACACUUGGCAUUGGUGGACUCACAGUGGAACCUCCCAGCCUUGGGACUAUCUGCAAGAGGGAAACAAAUGGUUCAAAGAUAUGAACCGGUUGGUGGCAUUUUACAAGGGGCUAACCACCUGGGCCACAUGGGUCAACCGUAAUGUUGAUCCUUCCAAAACCAAGGUCUUUUUCCAGGGGAUUUCUCCCACUCAUUAUGAUGGCAAGGACUGGAAUGAGCCAUCACAGUCAUGUUCAGGGCAGACUCAGCCAUUCGUUGGGCCUAGGUACCCAGCGGGGACACCAACGGCCUGGGUAGUUGUAAAUAAAGUAUUCAGCAGGCUCAAGAAACCAGUGUAUUUGCUUGACGUCACAGGGCUGUCUCAGUUGAGAAAGGAUGCUCACCCAUCGGCGUACAGUGGUGACCAUAGUGGCACCGAUUGCAGCCAUUGGUGUCUUCCUGGUUUGCCAGAUACUUGGAACCAGCUCCUGUAUGCAACACUCUUUUAGUGGAAGUUUUAGAUAGUCAAAGAAAUCUACUGUUUUCCAGACGCCUGGAAAUUUCUUUCCAUUUUUUGUCGUCAAAGGGGGAAUAAGAGGGAUGAUUCUUCAAUUGUAAAUUUAGAUUAAUCAUUUGGGUACAAUUGAGAAGUUCAAUUCUUCAAUUGAUAAUCGGCUUUCCCUA